UCAUCGUGUAAAUAAAAAAAAGAAGUUUGAAAACGGCAAAUCACCGCUUAACAAUUUUAUAGAUUUGCUUGUAUAUUUCAUUAUUAUUUCUUAUUAAGAAUGUCGUUUAUGGGUGAUAUGAUGAAUCCCGCACCAUUGUGGCAUAAUGGUCCAUCGCCUGGGGCAUUUUAUAGCUUUCCAGCAAACGCAAAUUCAUUGAAACCCACAAGUCACACUGUUCAUGAUAUAAGAUCACACUCAGCGACCCCAAUAACCACCACAACAACAGUCAUAGGCCUCAAGUUUGACAAGGGCUGUGUGCUUGCGGCCGACACAUUGGGCUCCUACGGCUCUCUAGCUCGGUUCCGAGACUGUCCCCGGGUGACCAAGGUCAACGACCUGAUCAUGUUAGGUGCUGGCGGUGAUUAUGCAGAUUACCAGUACUUAAAAGAUAUUAUUGAACAGAAAAUCAUUGACGAGCAGUGCAUCGGUGACGGUCUGCAGCUGAAGCCGCAGUCGCUGUACUGCUGGCUCACCAGAGUCAUGUACAACAAGAGGAGCAAGAUGGACCCCUUGUGGAACAACUAUAUCGUUGCCGGGAUACAGGACGGAGAGCCAUUCCUAGGUUCAGUGGACAAGCUGGGCACAGCAUACGAGGACGCCACCAUAGCCACUGGACUUGGCGCGUACAUGGCCACGCCUCUGUUACGCGAUGCCACUGAGAAGGGGCCCCUCGACGAGGAAGCUGCUAAGGCUCUAGUCCGUAAAUGCAUGGAGGUGUUAUUCUACCGAGACGCGCGCUCCUUUCCGCGUUACCAGCUAGGCGUGGUGACCUCCGCCGGCGUUACCAUUGAGGAGCCCGUGGAGCUCAAGCAUGACUGGUCACUCGCACACAUGAUCCAGAUGAAGUGAAUUAUGUAUUACUAUUUUUUCUUUAUUAAUAAAAUAUUCUAAAAUGUC